AUGCUCUUCGAGGACAUAUUCUUCCCUCCUUCCAACCCUGACUCUGUAGUCAUCGUCCAAUCCGAUGGUCUUAGGACCGCGUACGGAAGACGAAGGAUCGAGGUCCUGGGUUUCGAGGAUUUCACUCGACUUCUCAGCGGCACAAGCCAAGGAGUGGGAGGAACCCAUAGGACGAUUCACGACGAUACUUCGCGGUUGGGAAAAUUCUGGGCAGCCCGCGUCCGCGUGCUCUUCAUCGGCAAGGAAGAACUGCUCCCUGUGAGCAUAGAGUCUUGGCCUAGGCUGCUACUUCAGGUCGCCGAGAUCCAUGUCCUACCUGACGGUGCCCCUCUACCCACGGAGUCAUUGAUGGGUCCGGCUGAGCUGGUGGGUUUGCCCACUGCCGAGCCUCAGUCAUACCUAACAACUAACAAGGUCAUGGAUUGGGUCGCGAAGGUCAUCGGCGUUGUACUUCUGCUUCAUUUUCUUUUUGAGGUCUGGCGUAAUGUAGCCGAAUUCAUCAUGUAA